CUGGUCAGUUAACUGUUUCAAAGUUUAAAGGGUUUCAUGUUGCUCUGGUUUUCUUAAAGCAGAAUGACGCAAAGAAAUGCUGAAAAAAAGACAAAUUCAUAUUUAGAGCUUAUGAGGAAGUAUCUUUUCUAGUUUUUCUGUUCUUUGUUUCGGUGUUGUUUUCAUCUUUUUCAUCAUUUCAACUCUGGUGGACAAGAGACUCACUGAAACACGGUGUUGCUAUGGUUAUGUCAGUCAGAAGGGCUCCUCCUCUUCCUCUGAUCUUUCUGCUCAUGAUUCAUGAGGUUUCUAGUGCUGAUUGGGGUGUGAAUUACAGAGAUUCACACAUCUGUGCACUAAAGGACUCAUCAGUGAUAAUGAGCUGCAAUUAUACAUACCCUACUCGAUAUAAGAUCAAGAAAGUGUUCUGGACCAAAAACUCUGUAAAAGUUGGUAAGAAGUAUCCUGAUCUGUCUGAGGACCCUGAAUACAGUCAGAGGCUUCAGUAUCUGGGAGAUAAACAGAAGACCUGCACCAUCAGACUGAGUCAUGUGACACAGAAGGAUUCACAUAAAUACUAUUUCAGUCUCAUCACUUAUAAAUCUGGUUUCUGGAAAAAAAGUGUGAAAUGGAUUGGUGAUCCAGGAGUGUCUCUGACUGUCACAGAUCUUCAGGUGGAGUCUCCUGAGAAUGUCACUGAAGGUCAGAAUGUCAGUCUUACAUGUAAAAGCAGCUGCGCUCUGACUGACAGAGCAACAUUCAUCUGGUACAGAAACUCAAAGCCAUUAACUGAGAGAAGAGACAGAAACAAUCAACUCCUGCUGCAGUCAGUCAGAAGAGAGGAUGCAGGCAGAUACAGCUGUGGUGUAGAGGAACACACUUACAUCUCUCCUGCUGUUCAGCUCAGUGUCACAUAUCCUCCAAAGAGUGUCUCAUUGUCCAUCAGUCCAUCUGGUGUAAUAGUGGAGGGAGAUUCAGUGACUCUGAUCUGCAGCAGUGAUUCAAACCCUCCUGCAGAAAUCAACUGGUUUAAAGAAGGAAGUUUUUUAAGAUCUGGAAGAAUCUACAGCAUCUCAAAGAUCAGCUCUAAUCACAGUGGAGAAUACAAGUGCAAGUCCAGCAAUAAACAUGGAUGGAAAUACUCUGCUGUGACUUUAAACGUCAUGAGGGUUUCUAGUGCUGAUUGGAGUGUGAGUUAUGGACAUUCACACAUCUGUGCACUAAAGAACUCAUCAGUGAUAAUGAGCUGCAAUUAUACAUACCCUACUGGAUAUCAGAUCAGGAAAGUGUUCUGGACCAAAAACCCUGUGAAGGUUGGUGAAGAGUAUCCAGAUCUGUCUGAGAACCCUGAAUACAGUCAGAGACUUCAGUAUUUGGGAGAUAAACAGCAGAACUGCACCAUCAGACUGAGUCAUGUGACACCGAAAGAUUCACAAAAGUACUAUUUUAGUCUCAUCGCUGAUAAACCUGGUUUAUCCAACUGGAUUAAGCAGUGGAUCACAACUGUUAAAGAUAAUGUCAAAUGGAUUCAUGCUCCAGGAGCAUCUCUUACUGUCACAGAUCUUCAGGUGGAGUCUCCUGAGAAUGUCACUGAGGGUCAGAAUGUCAGUCUGACAUGUGUAAGCAGCUGCGCUCUGACUGACAGAGCAAAAUUCAUCUGGUACAGAAACUCAAAGCCAUUAACUGAGAGAAGAGACAGAAACAAUCAACUCCUGCUGCAGUCAGUCAGAAGAGAGGAUGCAGGCAGAUACAGCUGUGGUGUACAGGGACACACUUACAUCUCUCCUGCUGUUCAGCUCAAUGUCACAUAUCCUCCAAACAGUGUCUCAGUGUCCAUCAGUUCAUCUGGUGAAAUAGUGGAGGGAGAUUCAGUGACUCUGAGCUGCAGCAGUGAUUCAAACCCACCUGCAGAAAUCACCUGGUUUAAAGAAGGAAGGUUUUUAGGAUCUGGAAGAAUCUACAGCAUCUCAAAUAUCAGCUCUAAUCACAGUGGAGAAUACAAGUGCAAGUCCAGCAAUAAACAUGGAUGGAAAUACUCUGCUGUGACUUUAAACGUCAUGUAUCCACCAAAGGACGUCGCAAUGUCCAACUUCAGUCUAUCUGGUGAAAUAGUGGAGGGAGAUUCAGUGACUCUGAUCUGCAGCAGUGAUUCAAACCCUCCUGCAGACAUCAACUGGUUUAAAGGAAGAAUGUUUGUAGGAUCUGGAAGAAACUACAGCAUCUCAAAGAGCAGCUCUAAUCACAGUGGAGAAUACAAGUGCAAGGCCAGCAAUAAACAUGGAGAGAAAUACUCUGAUGCUGUGAUUUUAAAUGUCAUGUAUCCUCCAAAAAGUGUGUCAGUGUCCAUCAGUUCAUCUGGUGAAAUAGUGGAGGGAGAUUCAGUGACUCUGAGCUGCAGCAGUGACUCAAACCCACCUGCAGAAAUCAACUGGUUUAAAGAAGGAAGGUUUUUAGGAUCUGGAAGAAUCUACAGCAUCUCAAAUAUCAGCUCUAAUCACAGUGGAGAAUACAAGUGCAAGUCCAGCAAUAAACAUGGAUGGAAAUACUCUGCUGUGACUUUAAACGUCAUGUAUCCACCAAAGGACGUUGCAGUGUCCAACUUCAGUCUAUCUGGUGAAAUAGUGGAGGGAGAUUCAGUGACUCUGAUCUGCAGCAGUGAUUCAAACCCUCCUGCAGACAUCAACUGGUUUAAAGGAAGAAUGUUUGUAGGAUCUGGAAGAAACUACAGCAUCUCAAAGAGCAGCUCUAAUCACAGUGGAGAAUACAAGUGCAAGGCCAGCAAUAAACAUGGAGAGAAAUACUCUGAUGCUGUGAUUUUAAAUGUCAUGUAUCCUCCAAAAAGUGUCUCAGUGUCCAUCAGUUCAUCUGGUGAAAUAGUGGAGGGAGAUUCAGUGACUCUGAGCUGCAGCAGUGAUUCAAACCCACCUGCAGAAAUCAACUGGUUUAAAGAAGGAAGGUUUUUAGGAUCUGGAAGAAUCUACAGGAUCUCAAAUAUCAGCUCUAAUCACAGUGGAGAAUACAAGUGCAAGUCCAGCAAUAAACAUGGAUGGAAAUACUCUGCUGUGACUUUAAACGUCAUGUAUCCACCAAAGGACGUCGCAGUGUCCAACUUCAGUCUAUCUGGUGAAAUAGUGGAGGGAGGUUCAGUGACUCUGAUCUGCAGCAGUGAUUCAAACCCUCCUGCUCUGAACUUCAGCUGGUUUAAAGAAGGAACAUUUGUAGGGUCUGGAAGAAACUUCAGGAUCUCAAACAUCAGCUCUAAUCACAGCGGAGAAUACAAGUGCAAGUCCAAAAAUAAACACGGAGAGAAAGACUCUGAUACAGUGAUGCUGAAUGUGACGUAUGCUCCAAGAAAUGUAAUGGUGUCCAUCAGUCCAUCUGGUGAAAUAGUGGAGGGAGAUUCAGUGACUCUGAUCUGCAGCAGUGAUUCAAACCCUCCUGCUCUGAACUUCAGCUGGUUUAAAGAAGGAACAUUUGUAGGGUCUGGAAGAAUCUACAGCAUCUCAAACAUCAGCUCUGAUCACAGCGGAGAAUACAAGUGCAAGUCCAAAAAUAAACAUGGAGAGAAAGACUCUGAUACAGUGAUGCUGAAUGUGACAUAUGCUCCAAGAAAUGUCUCAGUGUCCAUCAGUCCACCUGGUGAAAUAGUGGAGGGAGAUUCAGUAACUCUGAGCUGCAGCAGUGAUUCAAACCCUCCUGCUCUGAACUUCAGCUGGUUUAAAGAAGGAACAUUUGUACGGUCUGGAAGAAACUACAGCAUCUCAAAUAUCAGCUCUAAUCACAGCGGAGAAUACAAGUGCAAGUCCAGCAAUAAACAUGGAGAGAAAGACUCUGAUACAGUGAUGCUGAAUGUGACGUAUGCUCCAAAAAAUAUAAUGGUGUCCACCAGUCCAAUAGUGGAGGGAGAAUCAGUGACUCGUAAACAUGUAGAGAAAUACUCUAAUGCAGUGCCUUUAAAUGUCAUGUACCCUCCAAAGAAUGUCACAGUGUUCAUAAAUGGAUCUGGUGAAAUAGUGGAGGGAGAUUCAGUGACUCUGAUCUGCAGCAGUGAUUCAAACCCUCCUGCUCUGAACUUCAGCUGGUUUAAGGAGAAUCAAAGCUCCUCUGUUGGAUCUGGACAGAGUUUCAGUGCACUACAGAGUGGACGCUUCUACUGUGAAGCUCACAAUCAACACGGAUCUCAGAGAUCAGACGCUGUUACUGUCACUGUUAAAGAGCAUCACGGAUCCCGUUGGCAUGAAGUUUUUGGGAUCACAGUGGAAUGUGGAGUAUCAUUCAUCAUUGUUACCAUCACUAUCAUUAUCAUCAUGUUCAUAAUAAAGAAACUAAGGAGUUUUAAAUAUGAAUACAUCACAAUGACACAGAUCUCUGAAUCCAGUGAAGACACAUACAGACUUCUUGAGCUCCAGUCCACGACCUCUGAUCUGUAUGGCACACUCACAACCCUUCAUCCCAGACCUCUUGAAGGCUCAUGUACAACAGCUUUAUAAUGAAAUCGAUUAACUUAAUUUAGUCUGUCUUCAUGUUAUUGACUGUUCAGAUCAACAGGAAGAUGCUGCUUGUAAGAGGUGGAGCACAAAGUGUUAAUACUGAGCUCUGUGGGCGGAGCCACUUAUGACUGAGGGGGAUCACUGAGUUUCUUCAGUUUUUUAUUUCUUUAUGGUUUCAGGAGCAUUAUUCAGAGGUGGGUAAUCCAGGCACCAAAGAGUAAAAGUCUUGCCAUAUUUUUGCUCCACCCAUUAACUCAGCAGAUGAUUUCACCAGAGGAGGAACCAAGUCAUUCUUUCCAAAUCAAAUUUUCUUCUAAGCAAUUGCAUUAAUGUUUUACAGUAAACAUUUGUGCACUGCUGAUACAAAUCUUGAUUUAGCAGAUAACAUGCUUUUGAUGCCUGAAUGAUCUUGAUUUUAAUUUCUUGAUUUUACUUUUAAAUAAAAGAAUUCAUGGCUUAGUGAUUAGAGAGAACUGCUGUCUCUUGGGUUAAAUGCAGAGUAUGAAUUCUGAGUUUGGGUCACCAUACUUAACUGUAUGUCACUUUCACAAAAAAGAGAAAAAUCUCAUUAAAUAAAUGCCACCAUAAUGCUUCAAUAUUAAAAAAUUAUAUAUAAAAAAAACACAGUUUGGGAUUAGUCAUUUAACCAUGACCAUUUAUCAUAUGAUCCUCAACAGUGGUGAAAAUAAUUAUUCAUACUGCAGUUCAUUAUGGGAGUCUUUCAUGUAUUGCACAUGAAGCAUUUUGUUGAUUGUCACCAUUGUAGAUAUUCAUAUGCUGGUUCUUGACAUCUGUGUGUGUCUAAAAAGCAAGCACUGGAGCUUAGAUUUAUUUAUGUGUUACAAAAAUUUAAAAUUAACUUCCUGUAAGUAUUAGAACAAUGUUCUUUUUGUGCAUGCUGUAGCUACACUGGGAUUAUUCAAAACCUAAAUAUGUAAAAAAUAAAAAAUAAAAAAAAACACUAUUUGAGAUAUAUUAAAACAGCUCAUUGUGACUAUAUGUUCUGCCUAUAUCAUUGAUGUCUCUUCUCCCCAACAUCACAUGCAGAGCUACAAAGAGAGAUCUGACAAAACACCUUAAGGGUCAAGAGCACAACUAAACCAAACACUGAUCUCCAUGAUGGUGACAUCAUUUUAACCAAUAAAACAUCAACAUCUGAUCCUCUGUAAUUCUUAAUAUCAGCAGGUGUUAAUCAUUAAUGCACCAUCAUCAUUUAA